AGUGAGUUCCGAUAGAGUCCCCCGAUGACCGGUUUGUGUUGAAUUCAUGUGACGUUGACAUCAAACCGAAUGACGCAGUGGUGCUAAGAAACCGAUCAGCACGGCCAUCCCUCGCAUCGGAGCAUUAUGGCCAAUGGACAGGACGCGUACCUGAAUUCGAGCGCAAUUCUCGAACCACAAUUCGAAAAGUCUAUCACACAGUGCUUGAACGCGUCGGAUGUGUUAGAUUUCGGCGGGGACCAACUAUAUUGCCCCCGGAUAUGGGACGGUUUUCUGUGCUGGCCGGCGACGGAAGCGGAUCAAGGAGUUAUGCAAAGGUGUCCAAACCUGAAAGACUUCAACGAAACGAGAGAGGACUCUCUCGGGAGUAUCUCUCAGGUGGAAGUCGAGAGAUUUGCCAACCGGUAUUGUGGUGCGAACGGCACGUGGGUAGCAUUAGGACACACCACAUGGCUCACAUACACGAAUUACUCGGCCUGCGAUUGGGAGCCGAUGGCUUUCUCGGAAAACGAGGAAGAGCUAUAUCGUCUCCUUCGGGUGCAUUUACCGAUCAUAAAACAGGUGUCCAUUGUCGGAUACACUUCGUCGUUGACACUCCUCGUGCUCGCGUUCUUCCUGCUCGGAUCUCUCAAACGGCUCCGCUGCGCCCGCAACAAACUCCAUCUUCAGCUAUUCGCCUCAUUCAUCGUCAGAGCCAUCGUUUUAAUCUAUAAACACAGCUACAAGCCCUAUCAGGAACUGAAUUUCCAAUGUUGGAUAUUGAUGUGUGUAUUCCACUACUCGCUCAUGGCGAACUACUGCUGGAUUUUGAUGGAAGGUCUCUAUCUUCACAGUCUGAUUUUCACGCAGUACUACGCCGACAACAAUUCCGACAUCACCAAAUACGUCGUCAUGGGAUGGGGAAUUCCUGUACCAUGCGUCGUAUUUUGGGCCAUCUCCAGAUACUAUGUAGGCAACGACAUGUGUUGGGCUUCAGACUCCAAGCUCAUACAGUGGGUCCUCAGAGGACCGAUAACGAUAAGCAUUGUGCUCAAUUUUUUCUUCUUCAUCAACAUUACACGGGUGGUGUUCAUCAAAAUGUCGAAAUCGCAUGAACCCGAAGCCCGCCGUCUGAAGUAUAAGAAAUGGUUCAAAUCUACCCUUGUCCUGGUGCCCUUGUUCGGUGCCCACCACACUAUCUUGAUGGUGAUGUCGAUCGCAGCCGUGACACCUGUUUACGAGCUCUGUUGGCUAUAUGUCGAUCAGUUAUUCACGUCGUUUCAGGGUUCUGUCGUGGCGCUUCUGUACUGUUUCUCCAACGGCGAAGUCCAGUCAGAGGUGUACAGACUGCUUCCAGAGAACGUUAAGUUCAAGAUUCUUUCAAUGCGACGGGGCGGCCGCGAGACGACCCAGCUGAAACACAACCGAGAUCCCAGAUGUCUGCCAGAGAAAAGUCACGCUGAACUGGGUCUAUUGAGUCCGCGGGAAAUCCCAAUGGAAAUCAGGAUAACGGGUGAUGACGGCGAAAUCGAGGCUCGACUCUGAGACAUCUUUGCUGACCGGACCAAUUCGUGCCCUAUGAACGACGUCACCGUUUUCUCAUCUUUCCGAACGACUACACGUUCGCGUUGCCCUCUGAUCUGCAUAUAUAUUGAUUGUUGGUUUCACUUUUGACGCGAGGUAUUCGCUUGCACUUGGAGCUCACCAUCGUCAGAUAAAAUCAACCCGACGUUGCCAGCGCCG